AUGGAACCGUGCCAGGCAGGGGAUCAGACGAUUAAACACACCAGUCUCAACGACAGGUGGAUGUUUCUUCGACCAAUGAUCAACAGCUGCAAACUGCAUCGUACUUUUAAGUCUCCUCCUGACAGAACAUCAAAAUGUUCAACCAGAGAGGACCAUUCAACCUUUAAUAAUAUACAAUUGGUAUGUCCUUCAAAUCAAAAGAAAAAGAUCGUCAGCCACAGGAUCAAAGAAAUCGCUUUGCCCAUCACAUACUUUUCAGUUCAACCCAGAAGGCGCUUCAGCGAACCUUUUGCGACUGGACUUGGACAGGAGCUGUCUUGA